AUCAAUCAAAACUUUUUUUUAUUUUAAUAAUUUAUUUUUGUCGUGUGAAUAGAAUUAUAAUCUCCCAAUUUCACUUUCCCUUUGUACCAACAGAGGCGAAGCGAAACCCUGAAGCUGAUUUCUUAAAUAUUCAGAUAAAUAAUUCAGGAAAAGACGUUGAAGCUGCUCAAUUGGAGUUGGAGUCCUCGUCAAAGACUACAACAAUGGAGUUACAGGGACAAGAAUUUUGGCCAUUGUCUGGGAAGCCAUACUUCCAUGUAGUUCUUUCCAAAUCAAACCUCAAACCCUCCUAUCAUUUGACUGUUUCGGCUGAAAUCCAGAAGGUGGUACCCUCUCUGGAAAUUCCCACUCUUCUUAUCUUCAAGGACAAUGAAUGGCAGAUGGUUUACCAGGGACAAUCUAAACAUAAAAAGUUUGAUGGGUGGAAAUCCUUCGCCAUGGACAACAAGCUAGAGAUAGGUGAUGCCUGUGUAUUUGAACUCCUCGAUUACAGUACUCAGGUACUCAAAUUCAGAGUCCAAAUCCUCAGAGGCAAAAUUCCAUCUGAAUUUUUAGACUACUCAAAAAAUGGUUUAAGCAAAGACACGCCUAUUAUUAUUAACUGAGGUCACCUACUUAAUGGUUGGGUUUUUACUUGUUUGAUAUUACUGUCCUGAAACUGUGGUUUAGAUACUCUGUAAUGUAGUAUAACUUGUUGUUGAUGAUGUGCUGUACUGUGUUGGGUUCUAGUGUUAGUCUCUUGUUUGCAAUUUUCCUAUUCAUUAUGAUGUUAUGAACUUCUGAUGUGUGUAAACUUAUAUGUAUUGAAAAGAUGUAUAUCUUAACUUGGUUAAA